AUCCGUUGUUAUUUUCGUCCCUCUGACAGCUCCCUGCCUCCCCCCUUCCCUCCCCAAGCACACCCAGCCAGCCAGCCACCCGAACGCAGGCUCUCCAGGUGGGACCCCAGCCCAGGCUCGGCUGACACCCAGCGCCUGCUGCAGAAAGAGGUGGGGCUGCCACAGCCACAGCUCCCUCCCGCCUUCCCCACUGACCUGAGUUCAUGCUGCUGCUGCUGCUGCUUUGCCAGUGGCAGCGUCGUCCCUGUGCAGUGUAAUCCCGGCAUCCUCGGAGCAUCCAGCAGCUGCUGGGCACUUGCAGCCCUGUCAGGAAUUUUUUUUCUCCCAAGUACUGUUUCAAGGCUACUGUCUUCCAUCUCAUCACAGAACACUGUAUCUUUUUGGAGUAUGGAAUUUGUGUGGAAACAAAGGUGGUAUCUUCAGCUGGGGUGUGUAUUGAUACUGAAUUUGGUAUAUGGCAAUCCAGACUAUCAGAAAGAAAUUCCUGCAAGCCUGGGUCAGAUUGACCACCAGUGCUGGGAGGUGUCGUCCCAUGGACUGGUCGAAAUGAAGAAACUCAAGGUAGCAGAUAGAGUCAUUGAUCUCUGGGACUUCUUGAUGUUCCUGAAGGAAUCCCCUAAGCCCAAGCACAAUGAACUCUUCAACGAUUUAGCCCAGAACUUCUGGGAUAUGUAUGUAGACUGUGUGCUCUCAAGAUCCCAUGGAAUGGGCAGAAGACAAUUAAUGUCUCCCAAAUAUGCUUCCACAUACUCACAUAGAACUUUAGAAGGGUCUGCAUUCACCAACCCAUUUUAGGCAAAAAUGGGAGAAAAUGAAGAUACCUCAGCAAGGCAACAUCAAAAUGAAGGAGCACAAAAGCACAGCAUAUACUGUAGAUGCUUUGACAAAUUCAUUGGCAUGGUUCAACCUUUUUUCUUCUUUUCUUUGUAUAAAGUAAGGAAUCACUGCUAAACUGAUAAGUACAUGAGCUCCCACAUUGUCACUUUUGCUUUCCUGUCCUGCAAUCUACUAAGGUUGCCUUUUUUCCCACUGCAUGUGUGAAUGCUUUUGUGUUUUGAGUUAACACCUUUGUUCUCUCAGGUAAGCCUGUAAGUCUGAACCAGUGACGUAUUUUUGUAGAGGCUCAUUUCUUCCAAUAAUUCUCUUUUUUAAAAGUUAAAUUUGAUGGAAACCCAAUAUAUUUUUAUACAUUAAGCAAUGUCAACAAACAUAUUUUAUACAGUGUCUUGCACACACAAUCAACUUUUAAGAAUAGCAAAAAAGUGUGACAUCAAGCUAAAGGGAAGGAUUAUGUUCACUGUAAUGUUCUGUGCAGUCUAAACUUUGUAUUUUAUCACUGCUUAGUCUAGGCUAUGGAUUAAAGUAUUU